AAAGAGUAAAAUAACUUGCUUAUUGUAAAUUUACCUUAAUUGAAAUAGUAUUUUAUUUUGUUUCUUGAUAUAGUAAAUCUGAAUUGUAACACUAAUUAAAAGGUUGAAUAGAUAAACUUUCGAAAAAAAAAAAUGUAUUUUAGACUAAAACAUCAUAAUACGUUUAGAAAUUAAAUAUAUAGUACACAGGGUUUUGUGUCGGAUAAAUCCGACUCAGGCGGAAUAAGCGCGAAAUCGUUUGUCGUUUUUAGAGUUAAAUAUGGCGAAAUUAAUGUAUUUAAUUAUUUUACUGUGCAUUUCCAAUUGCUUUUGUAAAAAGUAUAAAGAAGAAGAAAAGCCGGCCUGGGCGAAAAAAGAUAUUCGUGAUUUUAGCGACGCCGACUUGGAACGUCUUUACGAUCAGUGGGAAGAAGAUGACGAACCGUUACCAGAGGAUGAGCAGCCUGAAUACAAGCGCAAACCACCUUCUAUAGACUUAAAUAACUUAGAUAUGUCUAAUCCAGAAUCUGUCUUACAAGCAACGAAAAAAGGUCAAACUCUUAUGAUGUUUGUAACAGUUGCUAACAAACCUUCAAGAGCAAGAACUGAGGAACUAACAAAGAUCUGGCAAAGUGGUCUAUGGAGCAAUCACAUACAGGCUGAAAGAUAUUUGAUAGAUGAUGAUAGAGCUAUAUUUAUGUUUAAAGAUGGAUCUCAAGCAUGGACUGCAAAGGAAUAUCUUUUGGAGCAAGAUGAACUUAAAGAUGUUCAAUUAGAAAGUCAAACUUAUUUAGGUAAAAAACCAGAUGUAAAAAAUACAGCUGUAAGAGAUGAACUAUAAAUCUGAAUAUGAAUGCACUGAGUACAGAAAAUAAUUACAUUUGUAUAUUCUAAAUCUAUAAAUAAGAUAACACAUUAUAUACUGUAAAUAAAGAGAUAACCUUUUUAUUUUUGUGAAUUAAAGAUGUGAAACAAU